AUGGACAACAGCAUCACCUCAAAGUUUCAUGCCAGCAUGAACAGGAGCCCGAGCCUGGAAAUGGAACUCCUGGGACUUUUUGAGAGAUGGGUCAACCCUAUACACAAGUUCCUUGACGAGAAAACAACCCAAGCGCUGCAGCUUGAGCUGGGCAAAGACUGGAACGAGUCGCCAUUGCUGAGGCUCGCGGUCCUCUCGGCUGGAUCGUUGAUAACUUCCAACAAGGAGGCUCGAGCAUACGGCGAUGCGCUGUCUGGUCAUGCCGAAUCAAUCGCUCUAGCUGCAUGUCGCCGUCAGCCCAACAUCGGUACCAUCCAGGCGCUAUCACUCCUUGCGUGGAGAGAGCUAGGCCUAGACAACGAGAACAUGGCGUGGCUGUACAUUUUGAGCUCUUUGAAGCCGCUGAGCGAGGUUGUGAGCACGAGGGCAGGUCCGGGCAGGGGUUUCAGUGAGACCCUGUCUGUUCGGGCGCAGACUUUCUGGGCUGUCUUGCUACAGGAACGGAUUGCCACCUCGUUGCUGGGAAGACACCCGCUCAUCCCGUCCGGACGCGUACAAUCAAUUGGAUUUCUCAGUACCCUUCAGAGGCCGCCCACCCUCGAUGAGACGGUGUUUGAUCUGCACUGCGAGCUAUGGUUCUUGCACGACAAAUACAUGGACAAAAUUUACUCUUUUGACUUUGCCGGACUCGAGCUACACACCCGGCUGAAGCUCCUCGUAGAUGCCCGCGAAGAUCUAAGCGUCUUCCACAAGCGUCUGAGCGUGCUGCCAGUGCCCCAAAGCAGAGGGACUGCCGACAACGAUGUAGAGUGUGCCGGCCCUCUGAUAUUCUGCCGCAUGUCAUACCACAUGUCGCAGUUAUUGAUUCAUCGGCCGUACCUUGGCGAGCGGGGAAACGACAAUGCACUGCAGCUCUCGGCCCAGACAUCGUGGCACGCGGCAGAUGCCAUGGCUCGCCUCGUCCGUACUGCUGAGAAGAGGGGCCUCCUGACCAUGGCACCUGUCUUCGUGGUGCAUAGCAUUCUGACCGCUGCUGUGACCCUGCUCAUGUUUUCCACCUCGCAGCAGACCCGCAUUCGCUCGCAGGCCGUCAGCCGCUUCCGUACUUGUUUCAACGCCAUUUUACUCAUGGUGAACACGUGGCCAAGAGCGGCACGGGGCAUAGCAGUCCUCCGCGAACUUGCAUACAGGUGGAAAGUCGUCGCCACUCUCCCCCUGCAGCACAGUAUGCCCUUGGGUGGUACUUUACCUUUAUCCGGCACAAAAUCAGGCGGCACGACAAUGCCAACAUCAGCAGAGGAUUUAACUGGAGCGGAAACUAUGGAGGCAGCUCGUUCAUUCCCUCUCCGCCAUUUCGAGAGCGGACCAGAGCAGGAGGGCAACGAGACACGGCAUUUUGAAUGGCCAGGCGUCAGGUCUUUUGACCCGUUACUGUUUUCCGACCUUGAUCUGGCGAGCUACGGACUACCACAAGGGGAGAAUGCUACAAACAAUGAUGAAGAGUUUGAAGGCGACGCGAGUCUGGCAUUCUGGGCGAUGUAG